CUCUGGGAACAGACAAUACUAUGUGUAAUCUAGUUCUCUGGGUUAUGUUAAGUGGCAAACGCCUGGCUGGCCUCUCUUCGCCUCUCAGCCUUUGCUUCUUGGAUUUCAAUUCCAAACAUGGUUAUCUAUUCGGGGUUGCUCUUCCUUCCAUGGCAGGGUGCUAUACAUUCCAAAUUAAACACAAGUACCCUCUGCUUCUCCCUUCCCCGCCCCUUUUGCCCUGGCUGCUGCUCUUUCACCGAGUCUAUUUUCAUUUUCUCACACGGCCGGCAAGGAGGAAGCCGCAGGCAACUCUCCCCAGCUCUUUUUCCAAGGAGUUAUCAAACUGAAAGGCGUCGCUUCCUUCGAGAUUGAAUUUCUGGUGCUUUUGCAAGUUGGUGCAGCCGAUUGGUAUGAUACUGGACUCCUGCAAACCACAUUUGGGUCUUCCACUUCGUGGGAAGGGGUUGCUGGGGUUUUUUUGGUGCAAACACAUUAAUAAUUUUGACAAUGUUCCUCUAAGACAUCACUACCGGUACUGUUCAGCUCCAGUUCUAGGAACUGGUUUUACAAGUUCUCCAGUAUAAUUUUUCAAGACAUAUUGGUGCAGAGGUUAGGAGACAAAGAAAAUGAGUUCAAACAGCACCCUCUUGGAUCGGAUUGUUUUCUACCCAAUUUUAUGUGAGGGAUGGAAGCACUCUAUGGAAGGACCAAUGUAUCACCUUGCUGGUUUCUUCCUCCUCCUGGGAUUCAUGGGAGGAAGUGGAACGGUUGGCUCCAUCUUCAUCUUUGCCUUAUUGGCCAUUGGCUUCUUCUGUGAUGUGCUCUGGGGCUGGCUAGAUGCUUGUGGACUAGACAUCUUCACUUGGAACAUGCUCUUAGUUCUGACCUGUUUGCUUCAGUUGGCUCACCUAGUUUACCAACUCCGUCAACACGCCCUCCCUGAAGAAUUCGACAUGCUCUACAAGCAAGUGUGCCAGCCUCUGCAAGUGCCACCUCAGGUCUACAAAGAAAUUGUCAAGUGUUGCGAGGAACAGGUUUUGCCACUGGCCAAAGACCAGACCUAUGCUGUGGAGGGCAAGACGUCAAUUGAUCGUCUGUCAUUCUUGUUGUCUGGCAGGGUUAUAGUAAGCCAGGAUGGACAAUUUCUACAUUAUGUCUUCCCAUAUCAAUUCCUGGAUUCCCCUGAGUGGGAAUCACUGCCCCCUUCUGAAGAGGGAACAUUUCAGGUAACACUGACAGCAGAGACUGACUGUAGCUUCAUCACUUGGCAAAGGAAGGAUCUCUACUUGCUCCUGGCAAAGGACCGCUAUAUUGCCCGCCUCUUCUCAGUUCUCCUCGGCUUUGACAUCUCAGAGAAACUAUAUGCCCUGAAUGAAAAGUUUUUUGCUAAAUUCGGCUUGCGGUUUGACAUCCGCCUUCCCAGCCUCUACCAUGUCCUGGGACCUGCCUCUUCCGACAUGGAGGUGGAGAAAGAACCAGAGGAAAGCGAGGGUCCAGCAGCGCCUUUGGGCCAUUCGCCCACUUUUGUCCAGACAGCUCCUGCGGCCCCUUGCACUGUGUCUCCUCCUGCCCCUCCUGCCCAUCUCAGGAGACCUCGGCCUGACAGUGACCUGUCUGGUGAGGAUUCUACCAGUCUUGUAGUGGAAGAUUUUGCUGAGUUGACAGGGUCCUUUAUGGACUAUUUGAGCGAAGGGGAAUAUAUGAAGUGAGGGCACUUCUAACAUGGGCACACAUCACCCUGUGUAACUUCUGGAAGCCUCCUGAGGAGUAAUCGCCAGGCCUCUGCAGAAAGACGAGCCCCUCUGGCUCCUACGCAGACCCCAGAACUCUAGAGAAAGAGUUUGGACUCUCAAAGACCCGCACGUCACCAUAUGGUCACUCAUGGUUGAUCAUAAUGGUGCUCAUUACUUGUGUGUUGACACGUGUAUUGCAUCAGCACCAGCAUGGCGCACUUGGAAGUGCAUGCAUGAGAAUGAAGUGUGAUGUUGGAACACUUCCCACAGAUUGUUGACCUGCAGUGGCACCAGGCUAUUUCCGAUUGUCUGUGUUCUUGAGCACUUGCCGUAUGGUUCUGCUGUUAGGUGCAUUAAACACCUUGGAAAUGCUAUCUACAGCUAGUGAAUGGAAUUUGCUCUCUGUUGAGGGGCUGUUGAGUAGUCUUCUAUUGCAAAACAUGGUAGGAGGGAAUUAUUCUUUUCUUCAUGUCUUCCAAUCUGGUUGAUGCUGCCUAGCUGGAACCGAAAUUUAAGCGGCGUUGGUUGGAAGGAGGAAGUCAUAACCUACAUACCUGACUGACCUUUCUUUCAGGAGAGUGGCUUUUACCUCAACUGGGGGUACAAACAGAGACGGAGCUAGCUGCUCUAGCACCCGGGGGUGGGGCUAGCCACCCACAGGGAGCAGCAAGUGUCCCAGGGGGCUUCCGCCCACAGCAAGUGUCCCCUGGGGGAGGGGCAGUGAUGUCACACACACACUCCCCAUCAGGGAUGACACCCAGGGUGGGCCGCACACACCAUCCACCCCUUCCUCUGCCAGUGGGUACAAAUUGGUAGUUUGGCACUAGAUGGCUCGGUGUAGAACAGAAUGCAGAUGUGAGCAAAAGGGUGACUCCAGGGCAGUUCAAGAACAUUGAGGAAAACUGUUAGGAUAAAGUUAGAAUUGGAGAGUUAAGCUGCUCUCUAGAUGCUGCAUCCGGAAACAUGAUCUCACAUGGCCAAAGGCCAGGGAUUAUGGCAGCUGUAAACAUAAGAACUGCUCAACUGGAUCAGGCCAAAAGCACAUUUAGUCCAACAUCCUGUUCUCAUGGUGGCUAAACAGAUGCUUAUAGGGGUUCGGAAGCUCACAAACAGGACCUGGGAAUCCCCACUUGUGAUUCCCAGUAAAUGAUAUUCAGGAGGAUGCUGGCUCCAACACUGGAGGCAGAACAUAGCCAUCAUGCCUAGGAGCCAUGGAUAGCUCUAGCCUGCAUGGAUCUGCCUAGUCCUCUUUUAAGGCCAUCCAUGGUGGUAGCCAUUAUUGCAUCUUGUGGGAGCAAAUUUACUAUGCACUGCAUAAAUAAGUAUUUUAUUUUGUCCAACAUCCAGCUUCAUUGGAUGGUGCCAAGGCCAAAUAUUAUGAGUAAGGGGGAAGAACCUCUCUCUAUCCACUUUCCCCACACCAUGCAUAAUGUCCCACUUUACAUGUCUCUAAAUUAAAAAGGCCCCCAAAUUGCAACCUCUCCUCAUAGGGGAGUUGCUCCAGCCCCUCGAUCAUUUUGGUUACCCUUGUUUGAACCUUUUCCCAGAUCUAUAUCCUUUUCCAGGUGAGACAACCAUAACUAGACACAGUAUUCCAGGUGCGAUUACAUCAUAUAUUUUUAUAAUGGCAUUAUGAUAUUGGCAAUUUUAUUUCAAUGACUGCGUCACAGAAUUCGCCUUGUUUCACAGCUACCACACAAUGACACCACAUUUUUGUUGACUAUCUAUCACAACCCCUAAUAUUUCUUUCCUUGCCAAUUUAGGCACCCUAAAUGCAGUGCUUCUCCCCCUGAUGGUAUGCCACAGUACAGAAUAUAUAAUAUAUAAUUAUAAACCACACAAUCCUCUUCCUCUUGUUAUGUUUUAAAUCAUGUAGUUGUAUUCAGUGCUGUUUUUCUGAGGCUACUCGAGGGUACGCAGU